GAGAAAAGUAAUCCCAAUGGAUAUUUCCAUAAUGCCAACUUAAUAAGCCUUGUGCAAAACUUGUUUAUUGCUGGCAUGGAGACCACUUCCACCACGCUGCGCUGGGGACUUCUGCUAAUGAUGAAAUACCCCCAAAUUCAGAGCAAAGUCCAAGAAGAGAUCGCAAGAGUUAUAGGAUCAGCCCAGCCACGAAUCGAACAUCGAACUCAAAUGCCGUAUACGGAUGCAGUUGUCCAUGAAAUUCAGAGGUUCGCUAAUAUCCUGCCCAUGGACUUGCCUCAUGAAACUACUGAGGAUGUUACUCUUAAAGGCUACUUUAUUCCAAAGGGAACUUACAUCAUCCCCUUACUGGCCUCUGUACUGCAGGAUGAAUCUCAGUGGAAGAAACCAGAUACAUUCAGUCCUGAGCAUUUUCUUGACUCCAAAGGAAAGUUUGUAAAGCAAGAGGCUUUCAUGCCUUUUUCAGCAG